AUAUUCCAUUUAUGGCUAUUGAGAAUGAAGGAUCAUCAGAAAAGAUAAAUAGAACGUACUGCUAUAUAUUGUGUCUUUAUGGUCAUCUUAUUAAUGGCCAAAAGGCACUAGUAACUCUUAAAGACAUUUGGGUAUUCUUUGACAUUCUUGUGCCAAAUGACGAAUCUCCUGAUGAAUGUGAAACAAAAAUAAGAGAUAUUUUAUCUGGUAGUGUGAAGACAUUUUCAGUAAAGCAUAUUAAGGCAUUCCCUUUUCAUGACUAUUAUACGAAAAAAAAGUCAUAUUUGCGAAUUUAUACAAACAGUACUGGUGGUAGAAAAACUGCUAUUAAAGCUGUUCAAGAUAAUAACUUUGAAACUGCUUCAGAUGAUUUAUACUCAUUUUACCAUAAGAUAGCCUGA